AGAGCCCGUCCAGUGUUGCCAGUCCCUCAACAGCUGUCAAAGUAGGUCCAGCAGAAACAACAACAAAAAGCACGUGCGCACUGCGGUGGUUUCACACUGUUUCGUGCCGUCUGUGACCACAGUCGUGUCUUCAAUCAAUUUUAUCUUUUCACUCUGUUAUCUGCAUUGUCUCCUGUGUACCUUUUUUAAAAUUUUACAACUUUUCCAAAUCUAUCAGCCAGAUAGUUUAAUCGAACAGAGUACAGGUUGCAACUGCUCAGCUGAAUCAAACAAAGUGAUUUUGGUGUACCAUUGCUUGCCAGUAGUUCUAACGCUUCCCCCUUCCUGUCCGCAGCAUUCAUAGACGGGCCAUGAGUGACGAAGAUGAUUGUCCCCCACUUUGCGAGAUGGAUACCGUUGACUCGAAUGGGGAAGACGACGAAUGGGAAGUCGCCGAAGAGCAAAACGAGCCGGUGAAAUGUCUAUUUUGCGACAGCAUCUCACCCACUAUGACCGUUGCAAUACGGCACGCAAAACAGCAGCAUGACUUUGAUCUCGCCGGAGUACGCCGACGGUAUCAUUUAGACGAAUACUCUUACAUCAAGAUGAUCAACUAUAUCAGGAGGGAGAAACCAGGUGCGGAGCAGUUUAAGAUUGUCCACGCCGGCAGCAGCCUUCCGUGGGCGGACGAUCGCUACCUGAAGCCCGUCGAGAACGAAACAUGGUUGAUGUUUGAUUUGGAUGAGCUGGACGAGAUAAUGCUCAACAACGGAGGCAGCAAUGGCGGGAAUGGAUCGUUGGGGGAAAAAGAGAACGGUGCCGACAUUGGGGAAACGAUGACGCUUACAACCGACCAGUAUCGCAAACUGCAAGGAAUUAUCAAUGACCUGACCGCUCAACUGCGGGAAAAGGAAAAUCUCCUCCAGCACGCUGCCAGCAGUAUGGAAAAAAUGAAGCAAAGUUUUCGGAACAUAAUGGAAGAGCCAACGCCAUCGAAGGAAAAAGUCAAAGGUGUUGGAGGUGACCAAAAGUUACAGCAGAUUAAAAAGAAGCUCGAGCAUUGCGUGAGCAGCGUGUCGGUAGAUGACGACCAGGGAUACUUCAACACAUAUUCUCACUUUGGCAUCCAUCAUGAUAUGCUAAGCGAUGAAGUGCGCACUUCGAGCUAUCGCGACGCGAUUCUUCGCAAUGCUGACAUAAUCAAGGACAAGGUUGUCCUGGAUUUAGGCUGUGGUACAGCCAUUCUGUCGAUGUUUGCAUCGAAGGCGGGAGCGAAAGAGGUCAUAUCGGUCGAUCAGUCCGAUAUCAUCUACCAGGCUAUGGAUAUCGUACGCAGCAAUGACAUCGACAACAUCCGAUUCGUUAAGGGACGCCUCGAAGACACGGAACUACCCGUUGAAAAGGUAGACAUCAUCGUGUCGGAAUGGAUGGGUUACUUUUUGCUGUUCGAAGGCAUGAUGGAUAGCGUAAUCUAUGCACGAAAACAGUAUCUUAGAGAAGGUGGAUUAAUUCUACCAAAUCGCUGCAACAUUAGCAUCGCCGGGUACGGCGAUCUCGAGCGACACAACGAAUUUAUUGGAUUCUGGAAGAACGUGUACGGGUUUGAUAUGUCGUGCAUGAAGAAAGAAGUUCUCCGGGAAGCAACGGUAGAGGAGUGCAAGCCAGAGCACGUCAUUACCAAUGCGAACAUCAUUGCCAACUUCGACCUCAUGGAGGUGGAUGUUGAUUGUCCAAACUUCAGCUACGAGUUUUCACUGAGCGUCAAAAGGGAUUCGAAUCUUACGGCGCUGGUUGGUUACUUUGACACAUUCUUCGAGCUGCCGGAGCACAUUGAAUUUUCCACCUCACCGUACACACGACCAACGCACUGGAAGCAAACCAUUUUCUACCUAGAGGAACCGGUCCCGGUGAGCGAGGGACAAUCAAUCGUCGGAAAGUUCAUCUGCCGUCGCGACCCGAAAGACGUGCGAUCGUUGUUUAUUACAAUAGAGGUUUUGAAUAAGGUUCUUAAGUAUACACUAGACUAGCAGGUAGGAAUACUGAUUCUGAUCAGUUAAAAAGCAUGCAGCGUAAAUUUAAAUGGUAAUCUACAGUCAACAAACGAAAACUGGUCAGGAAGGUAUCCGAGAACGAAAACCCUGGACAUGGAUAAUCAAGGAUGCACAUGAAAGCUUUAAAUUUUCGAAGAUAUAUAUACAACAAUUCUGUCGGUGCUUAUACGUACUCAUACAUAUAUCUACCUAAUUAUGUUGUGACCAAACGGUUGGGAAUCGUUUCUUGAAAAGGAAAUACCAAAUUUCGAGCUUCUCAAGUUACGGGAGUUUCUAGUAGAUAACCGUCAAAUACAGCUUUCAUCCUAUGAAGAAGGUAGCACCGAAUGGUUGUGAAGCAUAACAACGCAAACUACAGCUAAACUGUGAGUCAUAUAGGGCGAACAAUGUAAUUUUUGUGUUCUUAGUCAUUUAAAUCGCAUUCCUAGAGCGGUAGCGUUGAAGAAAAACAACAAACCACGGAAAGAUGGAUUUGAACACAUUUUUAUACAGGCAACUUUUUACCUUACUUUCAGACCUUACGACCAACGGGAACAUAUUCAAAACCAUUUAUCAUUUAACUUUACAACACAUAAGCCACCUUCCAAAUACUAAUCAACCAACUGAGUAAGUCCAACUCCAGAUAAUAAGACAAUCCUUUGGAUCAUAGAAGGUUACAUCGGUUCGAGAUUUGCCAGCGGUUGGAUCCUCUACAGGACCAUCUAUGGCAUACGAUAGACGUUUGUUGAGAAUCUAAAAACUAUCAUAUUUCCCGAAAAUAAAAUUUAAAAAAAAGCACAAUAUACAGUACCAACGCACUCCACGUGUACAGGGUUCUUUGGAAAAUCAAAGCUUUAUUUUUUAAACAGUUAAACGCUUAUGCUCCUUUAAGAUCGAGGUGAGAAUGGUAGUAAAAAGUGAAAUGUAUAAUCAUCUCUAAACGGAAGCAAAAAGCAACAUAAUUGGCUCACAUUGAUCUCAGAAUGAUGAGCUCUCUGCUGUCGUAGUCGAUGGAAGACAAAACCAACUACGAUUUAUCGAAAUAGAUUAUAGAAAGAAUGCGGGAAUUCAAAGUUACAGACUUAAAGGUAGGCAUAGCUUAAGUCUGCAUGUAACAAGAAAAGAAUGUCCUACAGUACACGAAACUGUUAAUUAAAAUUAGAACGUUGCAUAGGCAGUGUUGCUUGUUAUGAAAAAUAACAAAGCUAACCAAAUCGAUAAACUAAAUUGUUGUUCAAGUUGUUUGCGUAACGCAAAGAUUGCCAAGAGUAGCUUAGCAUUAACUAAAUCCUGUUUAAACGGUCUUAUCGUCGGUUCACUGUCAGCGUUAAGCACAUUUAUAUCAAUCAAAAAGACAAUUUCCAUUUCGUUAAGACGCUUUUGCUAAAAUUAGCAGCGACCUUAUAGGAUUGAAAGCAUUUAAAAAUUACUGCGGGUGCAAAGGUAACUCGUUUUGAAAAAUGGCCAUGCCAAGUGUAGUGUUGUUAGAUACCCUGCAAAGGCAAAUUUUGAAAUUGAAUAAAAUAUCAAUGCUUAUUAAU